UUUCAAACUUUAUAUUUUUUAUUAGUUAUCACAAUUAAGUAAUUAACCAAUUUUUGUCAUUUCUAUUUCCUGGUUGAUUCUCCAGUUGCUGUUGGAUAUUUUAUAUUCACUGUCAACCCACGAUCCUCUGAAGUCCCUCAACUUCUUGAUUGCUUAAAAUCAUCUGUUUUGUACACUGAUCGGUAAAUUUAUUAAAUGAUAGCAAUUCUUCUUCCUAUAUUCUAAUCAACUUUGAUAAUCAAACCACCUCCACCCAAUGUUGAUUAUUACUCUCAUGACAAUUGAUUGUACGCAAUCGUUCUAUUUUCAUAGUUGACCACCCUAGUUAAUCAACUGAUAUUGAACCAAUGAUAAACCUCUUCAUCGGAGUCUUCUUUCAACUUGCUUGAAUUGGAUUGAAUUUGACCAGUGAAUUCAUCAAAAUUUUCAAUGGAGUUUGCAGUUCUUGAACUUGGUUUGAAAAAUAAACAGAUCUUCAAUGUAACAUCAUUUCUCAGGAUUCAAGUUGAAGCCUUCAAAGUGAAUUGGGAAAAAUUGUGCUCUAGCAAAGAUGGUGUUGAAGAUGAAGUUUGCCAUUCUUUAUUCGAUGACUGGGAGAAAGUAUUCAGUAAAAUUUUGAUAAUUUUGAAAACCAACUUACAUGGCAACCAAUCCCCCGAGGAAAAAGAGUUUGGCCGUCGGCUUGCUCGUAUAUCUUUACAGACCAGCAACUCGUUAUUGGAAAUUUUAUCGCAAGAAGAGACAAAUCUCUUUAUCAAUGCUUCUCUCGAUCGUGAAAAAGUCUAUUUCAUCAAUUCGCUAAUCAACCAGAUCAAUUUGAUAAGAAACACUAUUGGAGCAGUUAUUAAUCCUAAAGAAACGGUCGUCAGUGAUGUGAACCCACAACAUGAUAAUAUUUUCGUGAAUUGGAGUGGAAUGAGUAAGCAACAUAUUCUUAUCAACUGCAUCAAAGAGCAAUGUCUACCUCUUGGUCAAUAUUACAUUAUUCACAAAAUGAAAGAAGAUUUAACCUGGUCUACCAUAAAUGAAACUGCACUUCGAGCUAUUCUUAAUCACCUCAAAGCUAAUGAACUAAAUCAAGCCGAAAAUAUUAUUAGUGGCCUGGGAUUCGACCAUAAGUUUGUGAUCAAAUUCGUUUUAGAGCACUCUUUUCUAGAAAAAUUAAGAUUUAUUUUAGUGCAAAAACUUAAUCAGGAUGACCAUUUACCUUAUGAAAGACUUACGUUAAUAGAACGAGUUAAUGAACCAUUCCAUUUAAAGUUGAGUUUUAGUUGUAUUAAAGCUGUGAAACCAAUUAACCAGGGAGAUCUUUUGACCUAUGGUAUAUUUCAAGAAAAUGUUGUCAAUAGGACUUCGUGCAUAAAAGUAGUCGAACCUCACCAAAUUUGGUCUUAUCUAGUCAAAACCAAUCGUUGUAAUUUACUUUUGAUGUGGAUUAAUCGAUAUUUUGGUAACUACAAAACCAAUGACUUUCAAGACGGCUCAGUCUUUUCCUCCAAAAUAUCUCAGCAAAUGAUUGACGAAUUAGUGAGUGAUGGUCAAGAUCAUUUAAGAGAAUCAACUUUAUCAGCUCUUGGUAAUUUUGGUGUAUUCAGUUCAUACGAAAUGAUUGAUAUGCAACUAUUAAUUCGCCGACUAUUUCGUUCUUGUCACUCUGAAAGAACCGGAACAUUGACAGGGUUCAAAGAUCAUCCUUUAUUUAACAAAACAACUAUGAUUACCUAUGAUAAAUUUCAUCAAAGGUUUAUCGAAUAUUGUGCAGAUAAUUCCCUUCAUCAAAUUCUCUACUGGUCUUAUGUGCAGAAUGAAUUCCAGGUAGAUCUUGAAAAAUGUACCAUUGAUAAAAAACUCAAAAACCUUUUGCCUGGAAUCAAAACCUGGAAUGAAGAUCCAUUGAAAGACUACUUCACUAUGAAUUCAAUUUUAGAAGUGGCUCGAUAUUUGUUUGAUUUAGAAACUCCUGUAAACCUGCAAUCUCUUUUGGACAAUCAUCUUGGUAAACUUGCUAUUUUAGCAUCUCAAUUUGCUCCAAAAGGAACCUUAUCUUUCCUUGGUGCCUCAAAAGAUGAACUUUGGUAUGCAAAAAAAGAAUCUCUGUUACCGGCCAUGGAAAAACACUAUCCUCUAUUAUUCUUAGCUAUAAAAUCUAUAAAAGAGCUCAAUCUUCCAUCUAUAUCUAGUCCAGGAAGUGAAUUUCCGUCCAUCUAUACUUUAUUGAACAACACUAUUAUUCUUGACGUUACUCGUUUAUUCAGUUGGCAAACAACAAACCAUUUUAGAAACACAAACGAUCCCACAAUUCUUGGUGAACUGCCUCAUUUUUCUCAUCCAAAGCUUGUUGGUCUUGGUUUAAAGGCAAAUCUAACAUUCAUUUAUCAUUUAAAAAAGGGACGCCCAUUCGAAGCUUUUACUCGUUAUAUGCAAAAUAAAACUCAAAGACCUUCACCAAAGAAAAUUGAGAUUGUAUGCAAACGUGCUGCUCUUUUAGCUUUCUAUAACUGCACCAGUUUAGAGAUAACUUCAGCCUGUGUUACUUUUCUUGAACUUUUCAAGCUUAAUUCAGCUAAUCUACGACUUCAUUUAGCUAUUGGUUACUUGAUUAUGUCUCAUGCUGGCAAAUACUUGGGUCUUGAGACAAAAAAUCAAUCAAUUGAACUUGGAAAUCUGUUACGAAAAGCUUAUUAUCAUUCUGAAAAAGGUGCCAUCACUCAUAUCAUGGAACUAUUGUUAACUUCAUUCUCUCGAAAAUAUCCUGAAGGAGAAUGCACAAUUGAUGAAUGUGUCGAAUAUCAAUUGGCUAUAAGCUUUUCUAAUCAAUACAAAUUAGACCUGCCCUUAAAUUUUCUUAACAAGUGUAUUGAUAAUGGAGAUUGGUUGAUGUUUACAGUUUACGCACAGUUUUAUGAAUAUCCUAAAGAAGUUAUCUGUAAACAAUUGAACUCUUUCAGUGGCUGUAUUCCAGAACAUCUUGAGAAAGCAUUUAGCUCUUCGAUGGUUACCAGUGAGAAGAAAAGUUCACAAUCAAUUGUGAGACGAAGAGUAACCGAAUCGAGAGAUACUUUGUACAGUCGACUUGGUUUACUUAAAACAGCUACAGCUCAGAGACAAGCACCACGACAGGUAUCAACUCCAACUAUGCCUUUGGCUGUUUCUCCGGAUGAUGAUCGAUCAUCUGUGAUUAGUGAAACAGAUUUGGAGACGGCCUCAGUUGCAUCAAGCUCAAUGAUUGGAGAUCUUCCAGAAAGUCCUGAUUUUGAUCCCGACUCUCCACCCAAGGAUUUAUUCAAUCUGGUGUUGACAUGUCAACGAUAUCACCCGACAGAACCUGGUAGAUCUUUAUUGUUAGCCAGUCUUUCUCUGAGUAAUCCAAUUCCUGCCUUAAUUGCAGCUUCUCUUUAUUCCAACUCUGAAAAUGAAAGUGUUUACUCUAUCUUUGACUGUUUCUGUUGCUGGCUUCAUUCGUCAUUUAGUCUUGAUUUCAAACCUCGAUCACCAUCUAGUUACAACUCUAUAAUUUGGAAUCAGCAAGACUUUAAUGCAAUGAUUCAGAAUGCUCUUCAAGUUUCCAGUAAUUUCCUUGUUUUCCGCAAUGGUCUCAGAAUAUUUGCUGCUCCCAAUAAUCCAUUGAGUGAUCUGAUACAAUACUUUAUUGAAUUCCUGGUAGAAAAGGAUUAUUAUGAUAGUGUUAAAAAACUGAAAACAUUCCAAGAAUGCUUAUGGAAUUAUAAGAAAGACCAAGACGAUCGUGGACUUUUGUCCAGUAAAGCUUGGAUCGAAGAAACGAGCAUUAUUAUUUUGUCGAAUGGAUUAAAAGCUGUUGAUUGCGAGUUCGAGCUUAAUAUUUUAUUGCGUCAUUUAGAUUUUGCUCGACUUCAAAGUAGUUUUGAUGAACAAACUUCUGUUCCAGAUUUCCGUAAACUCUAUCGGUUAUCUCAAUGUUUACAAGAUACUGAUCUGAAACUAAGCAUACCUGAUCUUCUUAGUACGCAGUCUGGAACCAAAAAAUACAACGAUUCUAUAUUAGAAGUUGUGUACAGCUUACAGGACAAAGGAUUUUACAGCGAGGCUCAACAGUUCGCAGCUAUUACUGAGAUUAAUGAAGAGAAAAUAUUUAUCAACGAAUGGAGAAAGAAAAUACUCAAAGAUGCAAGUAAUUUUAGUCUCUGGAAGAGCUGCUUUAUUGAUCUGGAAAAACGACAAAUUGAUCUGACAAUUCUACGAAGUUUCAUUGCAGAGUUCAGAAACUCUGUUGAAUCAGAACUUAUUAAAGCUUUCAUACACGCCAAAGAUUUUUAUUAUGCAACCAGAUUAGAAUGUGAUCCUGUUGAAACUACGAUUAAUGAGAUCGAUUUAUGGAGUACAGUUAUUUCUCUUGAAAUGAAUUCAAUUAAUCCAGACGAGCUAAUUGAUUGGACUGAUAUUUGGGAAAAUAUUUUAGAUAUAUGCAAAAGUAUUGUUCCUGAGGGUCAAGCUACUAAAUUACCGACAAUCAUUAAUGAAAAGGCAAGGUUAAGUGAAGAAAAGGCUAAUACAUUAAAGGUCAUAAUUGGUAAAAUUUUAAACGUUGGUAAAAUCGAUCUGGCAUAUCGUUUGUCUCAUCUUUUCUUCCUUAAAAGUCGAGAUUUAUUGCUUAUCAAUUUUUGCAAUCUACUUGCUGAUGGAUUUUUUGCUCAUGUUUGUCCUAAAUCUUACAUCGAAACUCGCGCUAAGGAUUAUGGUUUCACAGGAUUGAAUGAAGUUGUGCAAAUGUUGAAUGAUUUUUCCCCAACUGUUCCAAGUAAUGUCGUCAAAAUUCUGGAAAAAUGUUCAUCUCUCUCUGAACAUGCCGUAAAUGCCUGCCAACGGAUAGUCCUCUAUUACAAAAUAUCAUUUGUUAUUGAACGCUCAUAUUUAGAUCUUUCUAGAGAACGCGAUGAAUUGGCAAUAUUGUCAGAAUUAAUCAAAAGAUCUUCCUCAAAUGUGGACGCUCUUCCUUACGCCAGAGAAUUGAUAACAUUUGCCAAAAUUGGGGAUGACCAAGUUUCAAGCUUAGUUUUGGAUGCAAUUAUACCAACGAUUGAAGAGUACCUUGUUUCCCUCGAAAAGAAAGGAUUCAACAGCUAUUCAACUGAAAGUUCUAACCCUUCCACCUUUCUUGCGUUGAUUCGUUUAAUCAAUGAUCCUGCUAUUUUGGGAAGAAAAUUUAUUGACAUUUUGCGGACAGAUAUUCAACCUUUAAUGGCUGUUGAAGUUUGCAUAAAAGCUCAUGAAUGUUUUACGCUUUGUUGUGACAUCGAAGGAAUCUCAUUGGUUUUAAGAAAUGCUCGUAUUUUAGUCUUUCAACAUUUAGCACCUACCAAAAAUCAUCAUGCAAUGAUCAGAUUAUUAACUGGAAUCGGACGUUACUCAGAGAUGCUGUACAUAUUUGAUAUUCUUAGAGAAGAUCAUCAAUUUGAAUUACUUCUUCGUCGAGGUAAUCAAAAGUGUAAUAAAUUAAGAGUUGCCCUUCUCGAUUAUCUGAAAGGAGACAAAGAAAUGUACCCGUUAAUUGCUCUCAACUUUAGUAUGCAUCGUGAAAUAGCUGAGAUGCUCGAAUCAGGAGCCAUGAAAUCAUUGAGUGCAAUCAAUCUUCGUCGUCAACAAAAUUGUAUGGCAUUUAAAGAGGAAUUAGAGAAAAUAUUACAAGAAUUGAUGGAUGCUUCAGAAAGCUACAAAAAAGCUGGUGUUUUCAGUAAAUCAGAAUACUGUGACAAAAUGGCUCAGCUGGUUGCCCUUCAGAUUCAUUACUUACCAUCUGGUAUUAUUUUGAUCAAUUUAAAUGAAACUGCAGUCAAUGAUUUCAUAAGCCGUCACAGUAAAUUUAUAGAAGCUUUGAUCGUCGCCGAUGCUUAUCAAAACCAUCGUCAAUGGAAUGUCGCUAUUUUCCAUAAUGUGGUUAAUCGCAGUGAUUGGACCUAUCUUCGUGAUUUUAAUAUGAGCUAUCCACUCACUCCAACUAAUAUAGAGGAAAUUUAUAGUUUAUAUGUGAAAUUCCGAGCCAAUAACAAGACUCUUUCAUCAGAUAAACUAUCUACCAUGAAAGGGAAUCUACAUAAGCUAAUUAAGCAAUCAAGUGAUUUAGUUCAGGUUUACAAAUAUUCGCAAGAAUUAGGUUUUGUUGAAGCAUCGAAUAAUCUUCUUAAAGAUAUCAAUGGAGCUUAUCUUAGUGAUCUCAGACGCCAAGGUAACUUGUGAAUUAAAAUUGUACUGUAAAUUAUAUUCUAAAUUUAAUUACUAAUAAUUGUUACUACAUGGAUUAAAACUAUCAAUGUUUAUUCAAUAUUUUCUUACAAAAAAUCUUGUUUUAAAUACAAUUCUCGUUGUUAAGAAACUGUAAAUAAAAUCUUAAUUGUCAUGAUAAAAA